AUGCCUGCCACACAGGCUAUUGUGACUCUCCGCCCCUUGUCUAUUUCCGAUGAUUUGCCAUAUCGUUCCCUAGAGUUCACUUCUACCAAUAAUCAAGUCAACAUUGGUCGGGCGUCUAAGCGUCAAUCCAAGAAUCUAAUCCCCGCCAGAAACAAUGGAUUAUUUGAGUCUAGGGUCAUGUCACGAAACCAUGCCAAGCUAUGGGUGUGCUUCGACAAGCAGCUCGUCUAUAUUCGUGAUGGUGGGUCGAUGCAUGGUACCUGGAUAAAUGGGAAGAAAAUCCCCACAGAGGAGGACUCGGUCAUCAAUCAUGAUGACGUGGUCACCUUUGGCUCCACAGUGUAUCGUGGCUCUGUUCGUUGUGAAUUCGAAUGGCCUGACCCUUUGUAUGCCACAUGUGUUCCACCGACUUUGAGCAGUGUUGACACCAUGGACAGCCAGAGACCUGCGCUUGCAACCAAUACCUUUUGUGUUCCUGACGAUGAUGACAGUGAUGCAAAAGAAGAUUCCGUUCCUAUGGUGGUCGCAUCCGGCAGUGCUUCCGAGAUUGAUAACUCUACCCCAGAUUCAGAUUCAGACGACCAAUCUGUCAUGGAGAUAUCGUCGCCUUUGACGUCUCCUCUGAAGGGGGACGACGCAAGGAAUUCCCACGUGGGUGCCUGCUCCAACACAGAUCGAGUGGGUAAACAUGAUGGCCAGGAAGGACCCCAACUGAGCCCUAUAGAUCUUGAGCAUGGACAGCCUGAACAGCCUCUGGUAACCCCCCGAAUGACCCCACCCUCCGUCAUAGAUCUCGUCGACGAUCCGAGUAACACGGCUCAUGAUUUUGAUGACUUCAUUCAGGAGGCGGACAGUGCGUCUGCGAUGAGUUCCUCUGACGACGAAGAUUCCAGCUGGGGUGAAGAUGACCGUGCUGGCUCGGACGACGAUGACGAUGACGAGGUGGAUUCCCAGUCUUCGUUCAGAUCGGAAGCAGAACAGUCCCAUGAAGAUGAGGAGUCUGUGAGAUCGAGCAGCCUUCAUGUCCUAGGUAUUCGUGACUUGAUAGCAACAGAGGCGAGCUUUACUGCGGAGGAAACACACACCCGCUUGCCAUUGGGAAAUAAUACUUCUCAGCCCGAUCGACUUGGGGAGGACAUGGCCUGUGAAGCUGAGCCCUGUGAGCCGGAGUUGCUGGCCGUUAGGAAUCCCACAUCAGAUCUGCGUUCUCAGAGCACUGGCCCUUCCAAAAUAAUGUCGACUGAAGCUCCACCACCGCCAAUCUUAUUGCAGCCGACUCUAUCAUUUUCUUACGGAAAGACAGUUGAUCGUUCGGUACCGAGCUACCAGAAUAGCCCCCCUAUGAUGCACAUGGACUGGUGGAAUCCACGAACCACUGCAAACACUUCGUACUCCCUCAAUAUUCCCCCAACUCCGCAAGUGCCUUAUGCCGACGGACCUUUUGUCAACAACGAGUCGUUCCUGCUUGGUGAGACUGGUUCUGCUUGCAAUCGUGGUGCUGAUUCAGUCAUUGCAUCUAUGGGUACCCCUGGGCUUAUAAGUGAGGAAGCAGCUCCGAGCGACGGACAAGAAAUCCAAGAGACACCCAUGCCUGAGAAACAGCCAGAUCCCACUCCAACACCAUUGCCACAGAUGCAAAGGUCCGAGACGGGAUUGGAUAGCGUUCAGACAAACAAGUCACUGAAGAGGAAGGCGGGGGAUGUUGAUGGCCCGUCUGGGAGCUCCGAACCAUACGUUGCUACUGAUCAUCGAGACGGAGUUGACUCAUCUAUGGCAAGCGAUAGCCAAUCGUCUGACCAAGAGACUUGCUAUCCAGAUGCUCAGCCACAGAUGCUAGCGGACCAACAGGAAAUUCCAUCCCAGUUGGCAGACUUGGACAGUGCGAAAGAGCUGCUGUCAGUUGACGACCCUAUCGAUGAUGCUAGGAUGACCGCACCUCCCACGAAGCGAGCAAAGACUUCUAGUGCGGGGAGGUUUGCCAGCCAUGCUGCAACAGCUGCUUUGGGUGUAGCCAUCGGUGCUUUUGGUACUAUCGCUGCGUUGGCGUCGCUUCCCCCAGAUUACUUUCAGUAA